ACUUUGCCAAGGGAUUGGCCCAGCGAGGAGGAGCUCUGCUUGUGCCAGCAUCUGGCAGGGCUCCCUGUUUGCCAGGCUGCUGGCCAGCACAGAGCCGCACAGCUGGGAGCGAGGGCUGGGGCUUUCCUUCUGCUUAUGUAGGACAUACCAUGGGGUCUGUAGUACAACCCUGCCCGCUCCUGCUUGUCCCAAUGUUGUCACAGUCUCUCCAAGUCUCUCUCCGUGCAGGUGCAGAUGUGAUUUCUGCAAUAACCUCCUUAAGAAAUGGAAGGUUUUUAUCAGGUUGGCUUCAAAGAAGCCAGGAGCUGAGCUUUGUGCUGUAUCUGGCAGAGUUAAUUCCCAUUCUGCUGUAUCUCGCUUUGCAGACAGCAUUUCUGCAGCUGAGAUUAGAAAGUUUUCCUCUUUUAAUUUCACAGCCUCGGAAAUUUCUCACUGUCUGUCCAAGUUCUCUGUUCUCCAUCUUUGCUCCAUAACCUCUCCGUUAAGCUGCAGGGCGCUGCUCAGAGGCAGCUCACCAGGUGGGAUGGGUGUUCAGCCCCACCUCACAGGAAGAACACAGGCUCGUGCUUUUUCCUUUUAGAAAACACUUAAGCCAUCAUCUUAAAAUCUUAUCAUCUAAAAGCAUUAUUCUAGAGCACAGCUGUUUUACUUCACACUCAAGCAUGGAAUUACCUUACCCCACUCGUGGCACGCAGACAUUUCAUUCUCUCCUCACCCUUAUUCCAUACUGAGGUCCCCUGGCUGUGUGUGUAUUGCUCUGCUACCCACGGCAGUGUCUGGGGCAUCUCCAUUUCAUCUUGGCAGGGGAUUUCACAGCGUUACCAUUCAGUCUCUUUCAGGACACCAGCUAAUGCACUGAGAGAUGCUGGCAGCAGUGCUAAUCAUUGGGUUAUCCCGCCAGACACGUUGUCCCUGGCUUUAUACACGGAGGGUUUUUUAAUGGCUCUCCUUUUGCUAAGGCAGAAAAAGACCAUUAGCAAAGUGAUAGAAAUUAAUUUUUCCAAUAAGGCUGCUUGGCACACUGUCAGGGGCCAAGUCACCUGAAUCUGCUGGGGCCUGAUGACUUCACUGCCUCUUCUCAGAGGAGCGAGCACUACGAGCUGUGAUGAAGUUUACUCAUGCUUUUCACUUCUUGGCUGUGCACAGGGGCAGUGCUCAGAGCCACCCUUUGCAUGCCCUGCUCUGUGAAGGGACGUAAAGACAAGGAGAGACAGUUUGGUACCUAUUGCAGAAUUUAGUGGUGUAGCCCUCGAGGAUGACUUUCAUAUUCCUGUGCUCCCCUGCAGCCCCUGCUCCUUCCUGCCCACACACAGCAACCUGUACUCUCCUUCUUCCCUUGCUAAGAGCAAAAGAAACAGGGAACAGGGCAGAGCUCCUUGGCUGCAGCCUCUGGAGAGCACAAGGCUGUGCAUUACUGCUCUGCUUGGGAGGCUUUACCCCUUUUUAUUACAUGUUUACUGCAGAACCGAUGCUCGUUGUGAGUACUUGGCGUUGCCUUUUAAGUGAGCUCAGUAUUUGCUGCUAUGGCAGGUACUGCUGAUCUCUGCAGGUCAUCUCUGUUCCUUUCCUGGCCUGGGGAAGUGUGGCCAGGAGUUUCUCUGGUUGCACUGACCUAGAACGGAAGGCACCAGCCUGUUUUGCCUUCACAGCUCUGUCCUCAGGCUUUACUUUCAUUUCAUCAUCGCUCUCUGCACAAAGGAGUGUGUCUUUGUUAUGCCCCAGAAAAGCCUUUUGCCCUGGUUGGUCUCUUCACCUUUAUCUUUCCUUUGGAUCUCAACUGACUGUGCUUCCUCUUUCCGUGCUCACCCUACAGCUCCAGGUGUGUGGAGCCUUGCUGUGCCCCGGGGUGGUUUAACUGCUCCAAUGCCUCUGUACUUUUCUCUGAAAAACCCUCCCAGGUGUGAUUCUUUGGAAGACCCAAGGAGCAAUCCUGGGGAAGCUGCGGUGGGAAUGUUGGCAUCUUUGCAGGCUGCGUUCCUUUGAGGCAAGCACAUGCCUUCCCAAGCCUGUGGCAGCUCUGCUGGGAGGGGCUUUGCGAGCUUCUCCCUCCCACCGUGGGCUGGCUGCCCUCAGCUUAGGCUGCCCAGGACCUGUCCAUGGCAUCUGGCACCUGCAGGAAUGGGCACCCACAGCUCUGGGUAGCAUUGCCAGCACCACACCCCUCUGAGUAAUGAGUUUUUUCCUAACAUCUGACCUAAAUCUCCCUGCUUUUAGUUUAAAGCCAUUCCCCCUUGUCCUGUCACCAUUUGCCUAUGUAGAAAGUUGCUCCCUUCCUUUUGAUGAACUCCCUUCAGGUACAGGAAGGCCACAGUGAGGUCUCUCUGAAGCCGUGCCUUUUCCAGGCCAGAAGCCCCGGCUCCCUCAACCUGUCUCCAUAGGAGAGGUGCACAGUUCAGCUCUGGACUUUUAAGGCCAGCCCUGUGCAUCAGCCACAGCUGUAUUUACCAUGGUGUAUUUUUCACCCCUAACAUUCUGGGUUUGUCUGAAGUUUGGGCCCCCCAUGCACAGCUGCUCUCACCAUUUCCCAGACACAACUUCAGAUUGCACAACAGCACUGAGGGGAUGUCAACAAUUUAUUCUAAUCCCAUGCGGACUUCCCAAGCUGCAGUCAGUUUCAUCACGCCUUCUGCUUAAAGGAGACACGAUCACAGAUGGGACCGGUUUGGACAAACAGCCGUAUCUGCCAAACUCCCUUCAGCUCUGUGGGGAGUACGGUCGCACGCUGCAGGCAGGACGCAGCCCUCGGGGCCGUGCCCAUCUCAUGCCGUUUUGUCCCCAUUCUGCAGUGCCCAACGGGAUGAACCAUUCCCCCCCGACGCUCAAUGGGGCACCGUCCCCACCCCAGCGCUUUGGCAACGGCCCGGCCUCCUCCUCCUCUUCCUCACUGACCAACCAGCAGCUCCCGGCCACGUGUGGAGCGCGGCAGCUCAGCAAGCUGAAGCGCUUCCUCACCACCCUGCAGCAGUUUGGCAAUGACAUCUCUCCAGAGAUCGGGGAGAAGGUGCGGACCCUGGUCCUGGCCCUGGUGAACUCAACAGUGACGAUUGAGGAAUUUCACUGCAAGCUGCAAGAGGCGACGAACUUCCCCCUGCGGCCGUUUGUGAUCCCCUUCCUGAAGGCCAACCUCCCUCUGCUCCAGAGAGAGCUGCUGCACUGCGCCCGGGCUGCCAAGCAGACGCCAUCCCAGUACCUGGCGCAGCAUGAGCACAUCCUUCUCAACACCACCUCCUCCCCAGCCGACUCUUCGGAGCUGCUCAUCGAGGUCAACGGGAACAGCAAGAGGCACAGCCCUGACAGAAGGGAUGACAGCAGCUUUGAGAGAGAGCCGCUGCCGACGGAGCCGCCUGCCAAGCGUGUGUGCACCAUCAGCCCCGCGCCCCGGCACAGCCCAGCACUCAGCAUCCCAAUGCUGAACCCUGGUGGGCAGUUCCACCCCACCCCACCACCCCUCCAGCACUACACCUUGGAAGACAUCGCCACCUCCCAUCUGUACAGAGACCCUGGCAAGAUGCUGGAGCACAGGGAGAUCCGGGACAGGCACGGUGGGCUCGGUUUGAAUGGAGGUUACCAGGACGAGUUGGUGGACCACCGCCUGACAGAGAGGGAGUGGGCUGACGAGUGGAAGCACCUCGAUCAUGCGCUGAACUGCAUCAUGGAGAUGGUGGAGAAGACCCGGCGCUCCAUGGCCGUGCUGCGGCGCUGCCAGGAGGCCGACCGUGAGGAGCUCAACUACUGGAAGAGGCGGUGCAGCGAGGCUGAGCCCCGCAAGGCUGGGGGAGAGCUGGGCACAGCCAGGCACAGCCCUGGCAGCUCCGAUUCCAUCGGCAGCGAUUCGCUGCGGGAGUUCAGCAGCAGGUCGGGGCCGGGCUACGUCACCGAGGAGAUAUGGAAGAAAGCAGAAGAAGCCGUGAACGAGGUGAAGCGCCAGGCCAUGUCGGAGGUGCAGAAGGCUGUGGCAGAGGCAGAGCAGAAGGCGUUUGAGAUGAUCGCCUCCGAGAGGGCGCGCAUGGAGCAAACCAUCGCCGACGCCAAGCGCCAGGCCACCGAGGAUGCUUUCCUGGUGAUCAAUGAGCAGGAGGAGUCCACGGAGAGCUGCUGGAACUGCGGACGCAAGGCCAGCGAGACGUGCAGCGGCUGCAACAUCGCGCGCUACUGCGGCUCCUUCUGCCAGCACAAGGACUGGGAGCGGCACCACCGCAUCUGCGGGCAGAGCCUGCAUGGCCACGGCAAGGGGCUGGCGCUGCCUGCAGGGCGCUCGGCCAAGGCCAUGGACGGCGUGCCCAGCCCCAGCAUGGAGAAGAGCUCGGCGGCCACCUCCCGCUCCUCCACGCCCGCAUCUGUGACGGCGAUAGACACGAACGGACUCUAAAGGGGAACUUUGGGUUCAGCCCGUUUCAUUCGUUGUCCUGGUGGUGUUUUGGUUUUUGAAGUUGGAAAAUAAAAGCCACAGGAACUCGGAUCAGUUGACGCGAUGGACAAACCCAGGCCACCUCUGUUGGAAGCUUUGCCGCCCCUCCUGCCUCGCUCGGUGCACAGAGCUGCAGCCCACGCACCCACAGCGUCUCCGCACCCAUCGCUGCGAAGGAGACGGGGCUGCAGGCAGGAGUGCUGAGCACACAGAGCCCUGGUCCUUGGCUCAGACACGUGAGCUCCUCCCUUGGGGUGUCCAAAGCCCUCUGUAUUCAGCCCCAGGUGCAUCUGUCUGUUGUUACCCUGCUCCCAGUGCUGCAUGAUGCUCUGCCCCACCGGGGCUGCUGUCCCAGCAGGAGCAUCCCGUCCUGCUGUGCAGUGAUAAGGACAGGAUCACCCUGGGGGUGGGGGCAGCAGUGGGGGCACAGCUCCACUCCAGGGGCUGCGCUGAGUCCCUCUAUGCCACGCCAGGCAGCAGUGUUGGGUCUGAUGUUGGACCUUUGAAUGCUUGCAGACCAAAUCUGAAUCCGUCACAGGUGAUUACUGCCCUUUCCAUCUGGGUGCAGAUAUUUGCUGUGCAGGAAGCAUUGGUUUGUUGCGUGGAAGUUGUUGGUUUGGGAGUUACUACUGCUUUCAACCAGCGAGGUUGCAGUAUGAGUGCUGGGUGCAGUCACAGCCUGCCGUUCCCCCACAGUUCCUGCCCCUGAGCCCGACCUUGAAGCCAUGGGGCUCAGCUCCCGAACUGCCCCCCUCAGCUCCCGGCAGCCAGCACUGCCUGGGGAGAAGCUGCUCAGGGCUGGGGGGCACAGGGCUGUGCUCCAGCACGGUGCUGUCAGCAGUGCAGGAAUGGGAGGAUCGGGAGUGCAUCCGCACUGAGCUCAUGCUGUGCUGUGCACAAGUGGGAUUGAGGAAAGCAUCUGUUCAACAAAGCUGCGUUUCCAUGACUGGUUUGGUGUGCUCGCUGGGUUGGAGCCCAAUGAGGCAAGUAAUUCCCAAAUUAUUUUUCAUCACUUUUUCCAUUGGAGGCGAAUAAUGGAGAUGUAAGGAGCGAUCCCACAGCUAGCAGCGGUGCAGCCGUGCUGGGGAUGAGCGGCAACCACAGCCUGUAGGGAACGCUGCUGUGGGAGCUGCUCUGCAGCUCAGCCCUGCCUCUGCAGGGUUUUAUCUUGCAAAAUAAAGCCCCAAAGUGUCCCGGUUCUCAUGGAGCAGCCAGGUCAGCCCCUGGCCUGCAGUGUGAGGGCCGAGUGCUGCCUGCGCGUGUACAUAGAUCGUCUUCCAUCGUCCUCAUGCAACUUUGGUGGCCGUGUACUAAAAUUAACCCCAGUGUAAAUGAGUACAAUACUAACAGUCAUGAUUAGAAUUAUUAUUUUUUUUAAACACGUAACGAUACAUGUGAACUUUGGACAUGGGCAGACUUGUGGGACUGAGUUUUCUAUUUUUCCUUUUUUUUUUUUUUGUACAUUUAAUUCUGUAAUAGGGAUUUGUUACUUCAUUCCUGUGCAUAACUUAUUUAAUGUACUGUAUAAAGGAACCCAAACUGUUACAGAUGUAUUUAGUUUGUUCUACUCGAAAGUAGUCAAUAAAAAGACUCUACUCCUCA